AUGAGCAUCCCACAACGCCUGCUGCCGUCGGUGGAUGAACUUCGGCAAUUCUAUGUCGGAAAAGAUGUUGACGACGUCCCGAAGCCGGCGGUGGUCCUUGAUGUUGCGAAAACUCGCAGGCAUUGCAAGUCCAUGCUCGAUGCUGUGAAGGCUCUGGGAGUGGGCUUUCGCGCUCAUGUUAAGACUCACAAGACAACUGAGCUUGCUCGCCUGCAAGUAGGAGAAGACUCCACAGAUGUCAAACUUGUAGUUUCCACUGUCUCUGAACUACAAAACUUGUUACCACUUCUCAAAGAGUUUCAAGUGAAGGGCCGUAAGGUCAACGUUCUCUAUGGCAUCCCUCUGCCGCCAUCGCAGGCAAGCCGCGUUGCAGACUUGGCACGCGAGCUCAGCCCCGGCAGCAUCACAUUCAUGAUCGAUCACCCGAACCAGCUCGAUGCCUUAAUUCUCUUCUCUCAACAGGCUGGUUUUGCAGCAGGGGUCUACCUGAAGGUUGAUACGGGAUACCACCGGGCAGGCUUGCCACCCGCAGGUCUCAACAAAAACGACUUAGUUCGCAAGGUCAUGCAACUUGAGACUGAUGACAAGGCCACCCUGAUUGGUCUAUACUCUCAUAGCAGUCUCAGCUAUGCCGACACGACCGCUAAGCAAGCAAUGGACAACCUCGCCGGCGAAAUCAGGGGUUGCGUCGAUGCUCUUCAGACCAACUCGCAGUAUUUCUCGAAAGAGAAACAACUGACCAUCAGCGUCGGGGCAUCGCCGCAAGUGACCGCAGUCCAGAACAUCGCAGGAGCGAACGCGUCAAAGAAUCCCGACAGCGAGCACCUCCGCCGAACCAUUCAAGAAGUCACAAAGGGCGAGCUCCUCGGCUUCCGAGUCAACCUCGAGCUGCACGCCGGUGUUUACCCCGUGCUCGACAACCAGCAACUCUCCACGCACGCCCGGACCUUCUUGGGCGACGCCGAAGAUGAGGUCGCAGUCUUCGUUGCGGCUGAAGUUUGCAGCGUGUACAAUAACGGCGAAAGGGAACAACCCGAGGCUCUUGCUGCUGUUGGUGUACUUGGCCUUGGGCGUGAGCCUUGUCCGUCAUACAGCGGCUGGGGCGUCGUCAGCCGCAAGUCCUACGCCAGGGAAGUUGAAACGAAGCAUCGACUCGUAGUCGGUAGAAUCAGCCAAGAACACUCGAUUCUGACGUGGGACACCAGCUCGGAUGACAGCGCCGCGAGCUUGCCGGCAGUACCCCUUGAUGUUGGCAAGACUGUGUGGAUAUACCCCAACCAUGCAUGUGUGGCAGGCGCGAUGUAUGGAUGGUAUCUGGUGAUUGAUUCCGAUGUGGACGGCGACCGUGCUAAGGUGGUGGAUGUCUGGGUGCGCGCAUCGGGAUGGUAG